AGGAACUAAUAGCUGAGUGGCCACUGAUAGCCAAACCCGCUCUUUCCUGCAAUCCGAAGAAGAAAGCCCAUCCAUCGUCCUCCUCCUCUCCAUGGCCACCGCAAACCUUUCCAUACCCCUUCUCUCUCUUCCACGUCACCACCACCUCAACCUUCACCCCAACCUCAUCACCGUUCCAACUCGGCUUCGACUCGGCCUGCGAACUCAGGCUCUGGGCCAUGACAUGCUGGGCGAUUUUGGCGCCAGAGACCCCUUCCCAGCUGAGAUAGCAAGUGGGUUUGGUGAGAAGGUGUUGGGCAACGGCAACACAGAGCACAAGAUUCUCAUCCCCAAUCUCUCUUCUCUCUCUCUGUCCCAGCUAGACUGCAGCGCUGUCUCUCCUCUCCAGCCUCCUAUGCCUGAAGACGAUGCCCAGAAGCUCCUCAGAAAGGUUGUUGGGUGGAGAUUGAUAGUUGGAGAAGGUGAGCUCAAAUUACAGUGUCUUUGGAAAUUGAGAGAUUAUAAAUGUGGGGUUGAGCUCAUCAACAGGAUUUAUAAGGUUGCAGAAGCUGCAGGGCAUUUCCCAAAUCUUCACUUGGAGCAACCCAAUCAAGUUAGAGCAGAGCUAUGGACAUCUUCCAUGGGAGGAUUGAGCAUGAAUGAUUUCAUUGUAGCUGCCAAAAUAGAUGACAUAAAAACAUCAGAUCUUGUGCCCAGAAAAAGAGUUUGGGCUUAGAUGAAGCAUUGUGUUUGUUUGUUGCCUUCAUCAAUAAGAAUCCCAAAAAGGAGCAUUCUGUAGUAUGGAUUUUGUCAGCAUCUAAUUACCAGAGAGGCUCAAGUUUUUGUAAAAAUGUUAGAAGGAACAUUAUUCUUUUCCUGAUGGAUGGAUAAUCUGCUUAUUUUAUCAGAA